AUGCAGUUUGUUAAUUGGAAUUUGAUCGCGAUGUUAUUUUUGUAGUUGAAUACCACUUGAUAUAGUAACGGAUAAGUUUCAUUUUUUUUUAUUUUGUAAAUGGAUCGGGAUAUUCAUGAAUUGAAGUAAACUCUGAUCAUGUGCAUUUCUUGAUAUCCCUCUGCAUUUCCAAAGUUUUGCACCGAUUUGUAGGGAUAUGGUUUAAUUUCUAAUUGAUAAUUCAUUGAAGAAACUAGGUAUCUUAGGUUUGAUUUGAUAGUUGAUAAAGGUCUUAGUGUUGAAUGGGUGACUUUUUCUUGUGAGGAUAUGUUGAAAGGGUAUUCUUGUUCUCUGGUUUAUUUUUUAUGGAGUAGUACCUUUUUUACCAUGAAGUAUUAUUCACUUUCUGGAAAACUGAUUCGUGUGUGUGUGUGUCUGUGAUGUCACCCUACAGAGAGAAUCAUUUCACGAGUUCAUUGACUUCAGUUGCUUUUCAAGUGCUUUCAUUUUUUACAUAACUAAGAGAGGUGCUCGAUAAGUUAUUUCGGUGGAGAGGAAGUCGACAUCAUAAGUCACCCAAGUUGGAGUGCCAAUGGAUCAGAAUGCUUCUAUUGAGGAGGGAGAGGGUAGAAAUGGCCUUGAACUGGUCAGAUCGGUUUCAGAAAAGCAUCUUGAACUUUUGAGGCCUUCUGCUCGAUAUUAUUCCAUAUUUAAAGGGCAACCAACGGAUGCUGCAGAGCGGGAAAAAGGUAAAUAUACCCUGAUUAAAGAUGAAGAAGACUCUCAACUGGGAUUGUAUGACAAACCUCUUCCUUGCUUUGGAUGUGGAAUAGGAUGGUUCUCUUUUCUUGUGGGUUUCUUGUGCCCUCUGACAUGGUAUUAUGCAACAAUUUUGUACUUUGGGAAUUACUACCGCAAGGAUCCUAGGGAACGAGCUGGGCUCGCUGCUUCUGCAAUCGCUGCUAUGGGAUUCUCCGUUAUAUUUUUAAUCGUAGUAUUGAUUCUGCUUUUCUAGCUUUGGUCUUGCCACAAUCCGUAUAUGAAAAGCAUCCAUAUAGAGUUGGUGAUUCCACACUGUUGAUAUGAAUCCAUAAAGCUUAUAAAGUAUUUUCGAAAUUGAAAA